CAAUAAAAUUGACAUUUGUCAUUUACGUUCAAAAUAACAUAACCAAAAGUAAAUCAAGUGCAUUGGAAUUUUUAUAAUUUUUAAAUCUAAUUACGAUAUAGCCAAGUUUUUACAAUGCUUAAAGUUUUUCGGAAACCUUUCAUAAAUAACAUACAAUUCGAUCAAAUACGAUUAGGUCACAGAGUCAGGGGUAAGGCACCAAUAUUUUGUAGAACAAUAAAAGAACGUUUAGAUGAAAUGAAUUAUAAAGAUGAAUUGUACACAACACGAAUAGAUAUAGGAUUUCCGCGUGCAACUAAUUCUGAAAAAACACAACUUGCGCGCUUAGAACAUUUAAGAAAAUUGAAAAGCGAUAAAGAACUUGAGCAUUUAGCUCGUAAUCAUAAGUUGGAAAUUAAUCUAACGGAAGCAAGGAAAGAAUGGUUGCAAACUCUUGGACCGAACCAUAAAAAACAGAUAGCUGAACAUUAUGGAAUUUAUGAACAUCUUUAUGGAGAAGGCUAUUUUAUACCUUAUGUUAAUUUAGAUAUACAUUAUGAGCUGAAAAAUGGUCUGAAUCUUCCAGUUUAUACGGGUAAUGUUAUAAAACCAGCUGAGGCAGGAGAACAACCUUCAGUUGCAUAUGAAUCAGACGAUAAUUCACUGUGGACACUUGUUUUGACAAGUCUAGAUGGACAUUUAACAGAGAAUGACAAAGAGUAUGUCCAUUGGUUAGUGGCAAAUAUUCCUAGUAACAAUAUAGAAAGAGGUGAUACCAUCAUAGAGUACCUUCGUCCAUUCCCACUGAAAGGAACAGGAUAUCAUAGAUAUGUGUUUGUUUUGUAUAAACAAUCUGAAAAAAUUUCAUAUGAUCUUAAAAAUGUUACAUCAUCAUCACCCCUUGAAGACAGAACUUUUGUGACAAGGGAAUGGUAUCAAAAGCAUCAAGAUAGCAUAACACCAUCUGGGUUAGCUUUUUACCAGUCCGAUUGGGAUCACACUGUCAAAGACUUCUUUCACAAUGUGCUGAAUAGAAAGGAGCCAGUUUACGAGUAUGAUUUUCCACCACCUUACAUAAGGCCACAAGAAUGGUUCCCUCUUCGAAAGCCUUUCAACCUUUACAUGGAUAAGUACAGAGAUCCUAAACAAAUAAAGAAGGAAUAUCUGCUACGAAAACUUAAAAAUGAAGAUCCGUUCAAGGCACCACCACCUCCAUUAAAAUUCCCCAAUGCUCAUUCAUUACCACAAAGCAUGCCAUCUUGGCUCAAAUUACAUGAAAAGAAAAUAAGACUAGGUUGGGGCAGAAUAAAUGAUGUUUAAUAUAUUUAUUUGAAUAAAAAGUAGGU